CUCGUGCUAUUGGCUCUAAACGCCGGUUGGGAUGUAGCCACAUCGUCGUCCUCUGCCCACGGUCAUCGGUCAGACGCGACGGCCGGACGUGUGCAGACCGAAAGACUGUGCCGUCGGCCCAACACCGUCCAUUCUCUCCCACUUGCACCCACGAAUGGUAUUGGUGGCAGAUGCGCACGUGUCAGCUUGCCCCGACGUUCAGCGAUAGACGGACAUGUGAAAGAGACUGCUUGUCCCUCGAGCUCGACGAAUUCGGCAUAUAGUCAAGUGUUCCGUUGGAUUGGUUUCGGGGGCAAGUCCCUUGGGAUACUCACCGGAGUUUCUUCAAGGGCUACCGGAGGCCAGACAAGACAAUACAAGACAACUUCAACACACGCACACAUUCAUUCACACAGUCAAGGACACUCGUGUGCGGAUCUACGGGUAAGCUUUUCGGUUGUAUUUCCCUUCAACGGCUUGCCCAACUGUGUCAGUGUCGACAUUAUCACCUUCGUUGUGUCAGAAGGCUCAAUCCUCGUGGUACAUAUUUCGUGCCCUACGACCGACAUUUGGAGUGGACCAUUUCGUGGUGCAUCGUCUCGGACCUACGAGGGCUGGAGUUCCAGUUUGGGGCCUGGAGUCCACCAGCAUCAAGUCGGGUCAGACGACACGUCGCGAAGAGGCCGAAUCUCCAUCUCAUCAUUCGGGACCUUCAUUCAAUUUGUGCUGUUGACAAUUAUUAAUCAGUCGAAAACACCCUUCUCUCCUUCUCGUCAUAUCUCCCACUUCUGCCUUGACCAUUUACUUCUGACUCUCAUCGCUUCAAGUAUUUGA